CCGCUCUUCUACUCCGACGUCAUUGAUUCUGAAUUGUAUAGGCUACAGGCUUCCUAGGCCCGCAAGGCUGUAUUCGGUAUUCUCAGCAUAUGCGCCAUGGCUGAGCCUCAGUACGAGAUAUCAAUUGAACGCCUGACGUACAGCCAUUCGCCAUCCAUCCCUCCUUCUCUCAUAGAUGUAUCUAUUGAGCUACCGAAGGGGUCGCGUACGAUCCUAGUGGGAGCCAACGGAGCCGGAAAAUCGACUUUGUUGCAGAUCCUAGCCGGCAAACGACUGAUCCUCAGCCAGGGCACCCACGUCCACAUCAAAGAGAGGGAUGUCUUCCGGAAUUCGCCACCAGGCGUCACCUUCCUUGGGACUGAAUGGGCGAUGAACCCUGUGGUCAGAGGAGACAUUGUGGUGUCUGACUUUCUCAACUCUGUCGGCGGCUACCGUCAUAAGGAGCGCCGUGAUCGACUGCUUGAUAUCCUCGAUGUCGAUUUGGACUGGCAUAUGCAUGGCAUUUCGGACGGCGAGCGGCGCAGAGUUCAACUGGUGAUGGGGCUGAUGUCAGAUUGGGAUGUACUUCUGUUGGAUGAGGUUACGGUCGAUCUCGACGUCCUCGUCAGAGAUGACUUGCUCAGCUUCCUCAAAACCGAUAGCGAGACCAGAGGAGCGACUGUACUGUAUGCAACUCACAUCUUCGAUGGAUUGAAUGAUUUCCCCACGCACGUCGCGCAUAUGCACCUCGGGACGUUUUUGUCACAACCAACGCCUUGGCCGCUUAGACAUGACGUAGUGUCUAAGGUUGUGUCAGUAGAUCUGGGCCCGAAGCCGACGCUGUAUGCGCUCGCUCUGCAGUGGCUGAGGGAAGAUCGGGAGCGCAGGCGCGAGCUCGAGAAACAAGGGCGCAAGAAGCGAGGCGCAAAGUCUGAUGAGGUGCCCACCGAUUCGGAAACAUUCUACAGGAAAUACGAUUACAGCCAUUGAGUGGCGUGCCUCAUGGCCAAUGUUUUACUACAACAUUGAUUCGUCGUCAGAACCCUCAACGGACGCUCCUCAACGGACAUUCCAAUGUAGAUUAGAUGUUCAACCAGCUGUAUACCACCGAUUACCAGUGUCUGCUAGCGAGUGUAUUGUGAAACUGU